CCCUUGCGGUAAAAUAGUGCUGAAGAAAGAGGGCACUAGUGUACAGCCCAGAUCGCAUCCUUGCACCGUCUGGAUUAGAGCUGAGGCGUCUGCGAACCGAGGGCGGCUGGGGUCCUCUGACCUAGGGAACACAGCUCUUUGUACCCUGACUCAGCAGCGUCCAGUUCACCGCCGCCAACACGACUCCCACUUGUACCCUUGAUCAAUUUACCUUGAUGCACCGGUGAAGGACGGGGACUUGAAUUCCCUCUAAAAACGCCUGCAGGGUGUGGGGGCGGUCGUGGAGGACCAGGAAGAGGAGGUGGAGGGGAAAGAGGAGGUGGAGGAGGCGGCCAAGGCGUUGGACCAGCAGUGUUGGCGAGGGGGACCAAGCCGCGAGAGGCAGCGUCUGGCGUCUCAGUGGUGCGCUCCCAGAGCCUGCAGGCGGGACCAGCGUGGGAACGCUGCUGGCCGGCGGUGUACCGCGUCCUCACCACCAUGGUCCGGCUCCUCUUGGUUUUCUUCCCAGCGAUCUUUUUGGAGAUGUUCCUUCUCCCCAAGAACCCCGGCAGACAAGUGUUGCUGGCGGGAGCCUCAUCGCAGCGCUCUGUGGCCAGAAUGGACGGAGAUGUCAUUAUUGGAGCCCUCUUUUCAGUCCAUCACCAGCCCCCCGCCGAGAAGGUGCCCGAAAGGAAGUGUGGGGAGAUCAGGGAGCAGUAUGGCAUCCAGAGGGUGGAGGCCAUGUUCCACACAUUGGAUAAGAUCAACGCGGACCCCGUCCUCCUGCCCAACAUCACCCUGGGCAGUGAGAUCAGGGACUCCUGCUGGCACUCUUCCGUGGCUCUGGAACAAAGCAUCGAGUUCAUCAGGGACUCUCUGAUUUCCAUUCGAGAUGAGAAGGAUGGGCUCAACCGGUGCCUGCCUGACGGCCAGACCCUCCCCCCAGGCAGGACUAAAAAGCCUAUUGCUGGAGUGAUCGGCCCGGGUUCCAGCUCAGUAGCCAUUCAAGUCCAGAACCUGCUCCAGCUGUUCGACAUUCCCCAGAUCGCCUAUUCUGCCACAAGCAUCGACCUGAGUGACAAAACUUUGUACAAAUACUUCCUGAGGGUUGUCCCUUCUGACACUUUGCAGGCAAGGGCGAUGCUUGACAUAGUCAAGCGUUACAAUUGGACCUAUGUUUCUGCCGUCCACACGGAAGGAAAUUACGGGGAGAGUGGAAUGGAUGCUUUCAAAGAGUUGGCUGCCCAGGAAGGCCUCUGCAUCGCCCAUUCAGACAAAAUCUACAGCAAUGCUGGCGAGAAGAGCUUUGACCGACUCUUGCGUAAGCUCCGAGAGCGGCUUCCCAAGGCCAGAGUGGUGGUGUGCUUCUGCGAGGGCAUGACUGUGCGAGGACUCCUAAGCGCCAUGCGGCGCCUCGGUGUUGUGGGCGAGUUCUCACUUAUUGGGAGUGAUGGAUGGGCAGACAGAGAUGAAGUCAUUGAAGGUUAUGAGGUGGAAGCCAACGGGGGAAUCACGAUAAAGCUGCAGUCUCCGGAGGUCAGGUCAUUUGAUGAUUAUUUCCUGAAACUGAGGCUGGACACUAAUACGAGGAAUCCCUGGUUCCCUGAAUUCUGGCAACAUCGGUUCCAGUGCCGCCUACCAGGACACCUUCUGGAAAAUCCCAACUUUAAAAGAAUCUGCACAGGCAAUGAAAGCUUAGAAGAAAACUAUGUCCAGGACAGCAAGAUGGGGUUUGUCAUCAACGCCAUCUAUGCCAUGGCACAUGGGCUACAGAACAUGCACCAUGCCCUCUGCCCUGGCCACGUGGGACUCUGCGAUGCCAUGAAGCCCAUUGACGGCAGGAAACUCCUGGACUUCCUCAUCAAGUCCUCAUUCAUCGGCGUGUCUGGAGAGGAGGUGUGGUUUGAUGAGAAGGGAGAUGCUCCCGGAAGGUAUGAUAUCAUGAAUCUGCAGUACACUGAAGCUAAUCGCUAUGACUAUGUACAUGUUGGAACCUGGCAUGAAGGAGUGCUGAACAUAGAUGAUUACAAAAUCCAGAUGAAUAAGAGUGGAAUGGUACGGUCUGUGUGCAGUGAGCCUUGCUUAAAGGGUCAGAUAAAGGUCAUACGGAAAGGAGAAGUGAGCUGCUGCUGGAUUUGCACAGCCUGCAAGGAGAAUGAAUACGUGCAAGAUGAGUUUACCUGCAAAGCCUGUGACCUGGGGUGGUGGCCCAAUACAGAUCUAACAGGCUGUGAGCCCAUUCCUGUUCACUAUCUUGAGUGGAGCAACAUAGAAUCCAUCAUAGCCAUCGUCUUUUCUUGCCUGGGCAUCCUCGUUACUCUGUUUGUCACUCUCAUCUUUGUGCUGUACCGAGACACACCCGUGGUCAAAUCCUCCAGUCGGGAGCUCUGCUACAUCAUCCUAGCUGGCAUCUUCCUGGGUUACGUGUGCCCUUUCACUCUCAUUGCCAAACCUACUACCACAUCCUGCUACCUCCAGCGGCUCCUGGUUGGCCUCUCCUCUGCCAUGUGCUACUCUGCUUUAGUGACCAAAACCAAUCGCAUUGCACGCAUCCUUGCUGGCAGCAAAAAGAAGAUCUGUACCCGCAAGCCCAGGUUCAUGAGUGCCUGGGCCCAAGUGAUCAUUGCCUCAAUUUUGAUUAGUGUGCAACUAACACUGGUGGUAACCUUGAUCAUCAUGGAGCCUCCCAUGCCCAUUUUGUCCUACCCAAGUAUCAAGGAAGUCUACCUUAUCUGCAAUACCAGCAAUCUGGGUGUGGUGGCUCCUGUGGGCUACAACGGACUCCUCAUCAUGAGCUGUACCUACUAUGCCUUCAAGACCCGGAACGUGCCCGCCAACUUCAAUGAGGCCAAAUACAUCGCCUUCACCAUGUACACCACCUGCAUCAUCUGGCUGGCUUUUGUGCCCAUUUACUUUGGGAGCAACUACAAGAUCAUCACUACCUGCUUUGCAGUGAGCCUCAGUGUAACAGUGGCCCUGGGGUGCAUGUUCACUCCCAAGAUGUACAUCAUCAUUGCCAAACCCGAGAGGAAUGUCCGCAGUGCCUUCACCACCUCUGAUGUGGUCCGCAUGCAUGUGGGCGAUGGCAAGCUGCCCUGCCGCUCCAACACGUUCCUCAACAUUUUCCGAAGAAAGAAGCCAGGGGCAGGGAAUGCCAAGAAGAGGCAGCCAGAAUUCUCGCCCACCAGCCAAUGUCCGUCGGCACAUGUGCAGCUUUGAAAACCCCCACACUGCAGUGAAUGUUUCUAAUGGCAAGUCUGUGUCAUGGUCUGAACCAGGUGGAAGACAGGUGCCCAAGGGACAGCACAUGUGGCACCGCCUCUCUGUGCACGUGAAGACCAAUGAGAUGGCCUGCAACCAAA